GUAGCUUGCAAAAAGGCUGAUCAGUUACUUUGUAUAAACAAUACACUAUUAUUGUACGAUUUUCAAAUAAUAUUUUAUUAUUUCAAACAUAACUCAUAUUUUGAAAGAAGAUUAUAAAACUCUGUUGACAGUAUGUCCACAUCUCCUGCUCAGGUAUAUUUUUAACGUCUAUAAAACAAACCUGUUUAGAGCCUAAGAUUCACCCUAAAGAAAACGUAGAGGCAGUAAUAUGAUUGCUCUUGCACAGUAUGCUGGAGUACAUAGCAGCCUGGUACUCUGUCAGAAGGCCUUUAAAGUGUUUCCCAGUCUAGUCCUCAUGGACCCACAGCCAGUCCACAUUUUUGCUCUCUCCAAACUCCUGGCAGGAGGGAGCAAAAACAUGUAAGAUUUAGUGUGACGGCACUAAAUUUGGCUGUGGAUCCAUGAGGACCGAAUUGGGAAACACUGGUCUAUUAGAAUGCACAGAUUGAGUCCCUUCUGUGCUCUGAGGUAUGAAGCUUGCUGUGCUUUAGCACUCUGACUGCGGGGAUGCCUGUCGCUGAGGGACAGGGAGGAUCAUCUGUUGAUAUUAAGAUGCAGCAAAUGGAUGCAGUUUACGUAACAGCUGCAUGCAUUUGUCAGGAAGAGGUGCUCCAGCAAUGGAUACUUUUCUGAAUAGAUACUGAGUAUCUGUUUAUAACUGGUGGUCGAGUUAUAAAAAUAUUUCAAAAGGGAUGGUGGGAGUCACAUCUUUGCCAUGUUAAAAUUUGUCUAGUGGGGUGGGGUCCCAGUGAUAAAAUUGUCCAAGCAGAUUGCUGACUAUAGCGCAUUUCGGAUCUGGACAGUCUCAUGAUAUCGUUUGUAGGUUUACCUUUAUGUGAAUGAUAGUUACACAGAAAGAUUAAGAGGGGUGGUGGUAUAUCUAAAUGGGGGAUAGUUUUUGUAAUUUUAUUCCCACUGGGGGAUGGCAUCCACAUGCAUCCCAUGACACCUCCAGCCCUGUUUAUAAGCAUGCUACUCUUCUAGCCUAAUCGGACUGAACGUUACACGUACAGGGGAAUGUGGCCACAAAAAUACCUGCAAUAUUAAGGACUGCUAGCCAGUGAGGGCCAGGAGAGGACUGGAACUGAAGCAAUGGGGAUGUACUGGGUCACGUAUGUUAUUGCAGGCUUGAUGUGCAGAUCUGCACUGCAAACUGAUUUUUCCGGCUGAAGUGAACACACGUGUUGCCAAGAUGCAGCCAUAAGCUUAAGAUGACCCGUGUGCCACCUGGCAUGUAGAUGGCGGCUAUGGUCAGGGAUGCUGUGGUGUGGUACCAGAAGAAGAUUGGCGCUUAUGAUCAGCAGAUAUGGGAGAAAUCGGUAGAACAAAGAGAAAUCAAGGGUCUCCGGAACAAGCCGAAGCGGACGGGUCAUGUGAAGCCGGACCUCAUCGACGUGGACCUUGUGAGGGGCUCCGCAUUUGCGAAGGCCAAGCCCGACAGCCCGUGGACCUCGCUGACUCGGAAGGGCAUCGUCAGAGUGGUCUUCUUCCCCUUUUUCUUCCGCUGGUGGAUCCAGGUGACCUCCAGGACCAUCUUCCUGCUGCUGUUGCUCCUGUACCUGCUUCAGGUGCUGGCGGCCGUCCUCUUCUUCUCCAUCCGACAUGCACAUGGUGUGCCCGUCACGGAGGUGUUUGGCGCGCUUUUGCUCAUGCUGCUGCUGGGCACGGUGCACUGCCAGAUCGUCUCCACCAGGACGCCCAAUCCCGCCCCCUAUAGUGGAAAGAGGAGGAGGAAGUUGAGGAAGGCUGCUCACUUGGAGGUGCAUAGGGAGGGGGAUGGCUCCAGCAGUACCGAUAACCGCCAGGAGGGGGCGCCACAGGGUCAACCGUCAACGAGCAGCCGCAGUCUGAGUGCUGUUCUGAGAGAGCUCUGGCGUGAGUUCUUCAGUAUAGGGGCCAAGAAAUCCAAGAUGUCUGUUGGCAAGUACAAGGAAACUGCUGGCUAUGCAUCCCUGGGUGCUGAGGUGACCGGAUCAGGGCUGGAAACACACGUGACCCCGUGCGACCUCCUGCGCUUUGAGGAGACGAGCUGGCGGGCCUCGUCGUCCCGGAAUGCUGCGUCCCGUUUUACGUCCCCAAAGAAGCCCCUUAGCCCCCACGUAAUGGAGAACGUGUCCGAUGAGGCCUCCAGCGAGGAGGACCCCGAGGCGCCCUGUGGAUCUGGCCGCCGGGGGGGCGAGUUCGUGAAUGGUGACAUGACGCUGCGCUUCAGGAAGCCCCUGAAUUGCAGGAAGCCGUACAGCACAGAGGAAACAGCGCGGUCUGGCACCAGCGGAAGCUCUCGACGCUCCAGCCUCCGGCAGGACUCCGGCAGUGCCCGGCCCGAGUCCGAAACCGAAGACGUUCUGUGGGAAGAUUUUCUGCACUGUGCCGAAUACCGGUCGUCUUGCAGCAGCGACAGCGAGCGUGAUGGCCCCGCCCACAAGAGGGAGUAUCGGGACGAUCCCUUCCACCAGGGCCACGCCCCUUGGCUGCACUGCCCCAGUCCAGGCCUGGAACGCGUGAGCGCCAUCGUGUGGGAGGGCAACGAGUGCAAAAAAGCCGACAUGUCCGUGCUGGAGAUCAGCGGCAUAAUCAUGAACAGGGUGAAUCUUUACACUCCUGGAAUAGGAUACCAGGUGUUCGGGAACCUGGUGUCGGCGAUCCUGGCCUUCACGCCGUUCGCAUUCAGGCUGUUCCAGCACAAGGACCUGGAGCAGGUGGCCGCACUCUCAGCCAACGAGCUGCUCUGCAUCGCCUUCGGCUCCAGUGGCGAGUUGACGGUGAUCGUCAUGGUGACUGUCAGCUUCGUGGUGCGAGCCUGUGUCAUCUGGAUCUUCUUCUUCCUGUUGAGCGUGGCGGAGAGAACUUACAGGCAGAGACUCCUGUUUGCGAAGCUCUUCGGUCACCUGACAUCGGCUAGGAGAGCCAGGAAGUCCGAGGUGCCCCACUUUCGUCUCAAGAAAGUGCAGAACAUCAAAAUGUGGCUCUCGCUGCGUUCCUACCUAAAGAGAAGAGGCCCUCAGCGCUCUGUGGAUGUAAUCAUUUCCUCGGCGUUCCUGCUGACGCUUUCUGUGGUCUUCAUUUGUUGCGCUCAGUUGCUCCAAGUCCACAAGACCUUCCUGGACUGUCACUACAACUGGGAGCUGGUGAUCUGGUGCAUCUCCCUGUCCCUCUUCCUGCUGCGCUUUGUCACCUUAGGCUCAGAGACCAGCAAGAAGUACAGCAACACCUCCACCCUCCUGACGGAGCAGAUAAACCUGUACCUGAAGAUGGAGAAGAAGCCUAACAAGAAGGAGGAAUUGACCCUGGUGAACAAUGUUCUGAAGCUGGCCACCAAGUUGCUGAAGGAGCUGGACACGCCUUUUAGGCUGUAUGGUCUCACCAUGAACCCUCUGCUGUACAACAUCACCCAAGUGGUGAUCCUGUCAGCCGUAUCUGGGGUCAUCAGUGACCUGCUGGGGUUCAACCUGAAGUUGUGGAAAAUCAAAUCAUGAUGUGGAGUGAAAAAUCAAAUCCUGACAAGAAGCUACAGGAAUCCGGAGGGUCCUUCAUCAGAGGAGAUCAAGUUCCUCUGAGCAGCGAAGAGCCCUGCUGACACUGACCAGACAUCUAGGAGAACAGACUGGCAUAUCCCCAGAUUUGGUUUCUCGUUUUUCUUGUGCAAUCCUGAUAUUUAUUUGAACAUUUCACUGCUUUUUUUAAGCAAAAACGUGUGUUUCCAGUGUUUAAGUAUUAUUUUAGCAAGAACUGUUACUGUCAGUAUGAUAUAUUAUUCUAUUCGUUUGCUCUGAGUUGUUCAGAUUAUUGAAUUUAGCAGCUGGUGGGUGUUUCAAAUGCCUUCAGCGGCUGAGCAGUGCAUCACUUGGCGCGUCGUGCGAAAGGUCAAGGGCUGAUUAGGCCCGGAAUCUUGGACCAGCCUGUAACCAUGGCGGCCGCUCCAGGAGGUUUACAACGCGGGGCUCAGAAGCCUGCGAAGGCAGCCAUGGGCUCACCUUCGCAAUACCUGCCAGAGUGGGGGGGCGGGCAGUAUGGCCAUGGUCGUUUCCAUGACACCUAGGUGCUGUGACUGGGCGUGAUGGCUCCGCAGUGUGUCACUCAUGGUGCGUAGGACACAAAUCUGUAUCCUUAUGCUGUUGCUUUAUGAAAAUUUUAUACCUUUAUUAUUUUUACUUCUAUGCUUAUUAUUUCCUUAACAGGUUUAAAGUGAUGUUUGUCUAUUUUGUUUGUUUGUUUGUUUGUUUCGAUGGAAGUUUCCUGAAGUACCUGGUUUGAAGCUGAAUGAAUUUUUUUCAUCCAGGUCUGACCUUUUUUGUCGCCGGUGGUGUUUCACCACCUCACCUGUGACACAAUUGUGACACAAUUUGCCUGCCACUGGUCAGACAAAAAGCUGUUUCGAUUUCUGACAAUAGUCAUCAGAAAAUGGAUUUUUAGCCAGGCUUGGGCUUUUGGUGUGUUUACUUGGCCUGGUAGUGUGCACUUUAAAAGGAAAUGUUACCUUUUUUAUAAUGGGAGGGAAAACCCUGAUCAGAAUUAUAGCUUUUCUCUUCUUGUUUGCUCGUCGUUGUGACAGAGACCAAAGGGCAUUUUGCUAAAAAAGGGAAACGGGGGAAAAACACCGAAUCACUUUUGUUUGUUCGUUUCUUAAGCAUGUUUUUGAGUAUUAUGGUUCUUUCAUUGAAAAUGCUUGGAAGCGUAUUCCUCCUUUUUUAAUUCUUCCCCCCCCCAUAUCCAGGAUGUUACAUUGUAGACAUAAGAACAUUUUGCAGAAAAAUGUUUUAGGGGGAAUAACUGAAUUGUUUUAUUUAAAAUGAGACACUCCAUUGCUCUGCAUAUUUAAGUUUUCAUUCCUUCCUUUGGAAAUGAUGAUGUUUCUGUUGUAAAUGGCUGUUACACAUUUUUGUACAGUAUAGGGAUUGUGAAGUAUUCUUUAAUCCAGUAUACUAAGAAAUAUGUUGCAGGCUAUGGCUUCUGAACAAGAAAUCUGACCAUAACUAUGUUUGAUUCCCAUGACUUGGUGUAACAUGUGAAUUGUGUUUCACACUCCUGUCAUUAAAUACUCGUGGUUGACA